AUGAAUUUUAAUAUCCUGUUCAUUUUAUACCCGCUCAUUAUGAUUGUUUAUUGUUCACAAAAUGUAGAUUAUGAAAAAAUACAAAAAAUUGUAAAUGAAGCUGAUGGAUGUUCAUCAGAUGAUGUAGAUUAUAUGAAUAAUUAUAUAAACAAAUUAUAUUGGAUAUGGACAGAUAAUCUUUUUAGAUACUUACGUAUUAAGACAUAUAUAUAUGAAAAUGAAGAAAUUUAUGAAUCUAUAAAUAAUAAUAUUAUUAUUAAUAAUUCUUUUCAUAACAUUUUGGAUUUAUUUAAUGAUAAUUUUAUACAAUAUAAACAAAGGGAUGAAUAUACAAGAAAGGCUUUACUUAUUUUAUCAAAUGAACAAUCACUUAAAAAAUUUAUAAGAAAACAUGUACCUAAAAGAGAAAUCAAAUUCUUUCAAAAAUUAUCUACAAAAGAAUUAUUAAGACUUUUAUAUGAUGAAAAAAAAAACUUAAUUAAUUCUUAUGAAAAAUAUAAAAUGUUUGAUGAAUUUAGGGAUGUAGCAAAUUCCAAAUAUUAUUAUCAAAAGGAGUUGCUUGAUAGUAAAUCAGAAAUUAAAACAGAAGAUAAUAUAUAUCCAGAUAAAAAAAAUAGUCCAAAAGAUAACAACAACAACAACAAUAAUAAUAAUAAUAACAAUAAUAAUAACAAUAAUAAUAAUAAUAUCAAUAAUAAUUAUUUAUUAAAAAAUGUAUUUACCCUUGAUAUACAUAAUAUACCCGUAACAAAACAAUUAUAUUUUGAUUACUAUGAUAAUAAUAAAUGGAAUAAAUAUUUUUAUUCAUAUGAAGAUGAUAUAAUAACAUAA